UUCGACGGUCCCCUUCCUCUCCCAAGUGUUCCCCGGAGGGCUUCCACAACGGCCAGGGGAACCCACGGCCCGAUAGCUUGGCCGAACUCGGGCCGCAACGCUCGGCCACACCAUCGUUUCUAAAAGGCAGGGGGCGACGGUAGUUCGCCGUAGUCGUCUUAGAUGCAAGCUUGCCACGUCCUCAGAACAGAUCUUGGCGCGAAAUGAAUGUCGAUACCAUUGCCCCGCCAAGGGGUUCCGAAGCAGCAGGUAUUCGAAGUCCUCAUGUGGCUGCAGGCGUGGCAUUUGUGUGUCUGCACUCAAUGCACGCCAGCGGCGUGAUUAAUGUAAACAAAGCAAAUAGCACGUGACCGAGAAGAUGGGAGCUCCCGCGCAAUGAACGACCCAGGAAAGGCACUUUGGAGGCGCCUGCGGGCGCCUGGGCGAGGCACUUGUGCAGUGCCUGCGGGCUGCCCAGGAAAGGCACUGGGGAGGUGCCUGCGGCCAGCCCUGGAAAAAGGCAUUUGCGAGGUGCCUGCGCGGCCGUGGCCGCGGCCGGGGCCGUGGCCGUGGCCGUGGCUGCGCGGCCACACGCACGGGGCCAGCAGCUGGUUUUGGAAGGCUUUCCGCCCCCACGCCGAGCCAUGGAAAGGGGCGCGGGGGUGCAUGACGUCCCGCCCGACGAACGUCACGAUGAACGUUCCAACAACGUUGGCGUGAAUCAGCAGGUCGGCGAAUCAGAAGAGGAUGUGUGUCGCGACCAUCGACAUCACCAACAAGAACGUCCACCUGUGCUACAUCGCCUUUGACACGGGUCCAAAACGAGCGAACCGAAGUGCUCGGCCCAGGAUUGCCCUGGCCGGGGCGGCGGUGGUUUCAGCAUAUUGGAUACGGCAUGUUGGCGGCCAAUGUGUCCCCCCAAAAGAAG